AUGCGAUACUUUCCCCUAACUCCUAGAUUAAAGCGUUUGUAUAGUUCUAGGCACACUGCAAGAGAUAUGAGAUGGAAUGAUGCUGAGCGGCUAAAAGAGAAUAGCGUUUUGAGGCACCCAGCAGAUGGUUCUGCUUGGAAGAUGUUUGAUGAGAAAUUUCCAACAUUUGCCAUGGAUCCUAGAAAUGUACGUCUUGGUUUGGCAACAGACGGUUUUAAUCCAUUUGGUAGCAUGAGCACUACUUAUAGUAUGUGGCCUGUCAUGGUUGUUCCAUAUAACAUGCCACCUUGGAAGUGUAUGAAGUCCGAAAACAUGAUGUUAUCUUUAUUAAUACCUGGACCGACAUCUCUUGGAAAAGACAUGGAUGUUUUCCUUCAGCCACUAAUUGAAGAGUUAAAACAAUUGUGGGAAGGCGUGAAUACUCGAGAUACCGUGACUAAUGAUAUUUUCUUAAUGCGUGCAGCAGUUUUGUGGACAAUCAAUGAUUACCCGGCAUAUGCUUUAAUGUUGGGAUGGAGUACAAAAGGGUAUAAAGCAUGUCCAACUUGUAACGAAGAAACUCCUUCAAAAGGCAUAAGGAAUAAGAUAGCUUACAUUGGGCAUAGACGUUUUCUUCCUUUAAAUCAUCCGAUGAGGCGAAGCAAACAAUUUGAUGGUAAGAUGGAAACAAGAUCUCCUCCUAAAGAACUAACUGCUGAAGAUAUAUUAGCACAGUUAGAACAUGUGCAUGUUUGUUUGCCUGGAAAGCACAAGCAGUAUGGUGGUAUAAAGCAAAAGAAUGUAUGUGAUAAUGUUCUCGAUACUUUGUUGAACAUAGAAGGAAAAUCCAAAGACACAGAAAAGUCGAGACUUGAUCUUCAAGAUAUGGGAAUCAGGAAAGAGUUGCAUCUCUACAUAGAUAAAAAUAAAUGGAAGAAGCCACCGGCAACAUAUACGUUAAGUGCUGAAGAGAGACAUUUAUUUUAUCAGUUUAUCAAAUCUGUGAAGUUUCCAGAUGGUUUUGCCGCCAACAUAUCAAAAAAUGUCAAUGAGGCCAUUGGUAAAAUAUCGGGGCUUAAGUCUCAUAAUUGUCAUGUUUUGCUCCAGCGAUUAUUGCCAGCAGGAAUCCGACUAUACUUGAAAAAAGAAGUCCGUGAAAAUAUCAUUGAAUUGUGUAAUUUUUUCCGACAAAUAUGUGCCAAGACUUUGAACGUUAAUGAUCUUAAUUUGUUGAAGACAAAUGUUGUUCUUAUCCUGUGCAAGUUGGAAAGAAUAUUCCCUCCAGCAUUCUUUGAUAUUAUGGUUCACUUGAUUCUUCAUUUACCAAAAGAGGCAAUGAUGGGCGGUCCUAUGUAUUUUAGAUGGAUGUACUGCAUUGAGCGAGCUAUGGGUAUCUUCAAACAAUAUGUUAACAAUCGAGCACGACCAGAGGGGUCAAUUGCUGAAGCUUACAUCGUUAACAAGGCUUUGACCUUUUGCUCGAUGGAACAUCGAAAUUAUCUACUUGCUAGGGGAGUGCGGAAUGUGGAACAAAAACAAGAAGUUGAAUUUCCAAUGUGGUUUAGAGAUAAGGUUAAUGAAAUGCGAUUAGCUAGAUCAUAUGAGGUCACAGAUGAAUUGUAUGCAUUAGCUAAUAGAUCCAAUUUCAGUGUGUACUCAUACUCUGGUGCUAUUAUCAAUGGUGUUAAGUUUCUUGUGGAAGAAAGAGAUGUGAGACAAACCACACAAAAUAGUGGUAUUCUUGUACCUAGUGUAGCAGGGCAAAACUUUUAUGGCAUUCUUCAAGAAGUUAUAGAGUUGUGUUAUUUAAAAGAUUGCACAGUAUUGUUAUUCAAGUGCAAAUGGUUUGACACUGAUCCUAGGAAGAGAAGAAUUCAAGAAGAUAAAAUAUUCACAAGCAUCUACAUAGGGGCAGAGUGGUACAAGAAUGAUCCAUUUAUACUCGCAUCACAAGCAAAAUCAGUGUAUUACUUGAACGAUAUCAAGAAUGGUCCGAUGUGGAAAUUGGUGCAGGAUUAUGCCCCGCGUAAUUUGUGGGACUAUCCAAAUGGUGAAGUUGAAAAUGAUGUUGACACGACCAGUAUCGAUCCUCACAUAGUGCAAGAGACUAAUUCACAAUCACUGCAAUUGGUGGUAGAAUUACCAGAUUUAUAG